AUGCCGAGCGCGUGGGUGCUGGUGCUGGCGGUGCUGGGGGGGGCCUGCGCCCUCCCCGCCCCGGCGCCCCUCGCCUACACGCAGGCACUGGCCCAGGCCGUGGAUUCCUACAAUCAGCGGCCCGAGGUGCAGAACGCCUUCAGGCUGCUCAGCGCAGAGCCCGAGCCCGCCCCGGGCGUGGAGCUGAGCUCGCUGCGGGGACUCAACUUCACCAUGAUGGAGACGGACUGUGCGGCCAGCGCCCGCCUCAAYCCCGACGACUGCGACUUCAAGGAGAACGGGGUCAUCAAGGAGUGUUCGGGGCCGGUGCAACUUCUGGAGAGCUCCCCUGAGAUCGACCUGCGCUGCUCCGACGCUUCCUCCGACCCGGUUCUGAUCCAGCGCGGCCGCUUCGGGCGCUUCCUGGGCCGGAUCCGGCGCUUUCGGCCCCGUAUCAAGUACGACGUCCGUGUGAAGGGCUCCGUGGGCUUCGGCUGAGCAAUAAAAGGGUCACGGAGAGUGGCCG